CCCUUGCCAUGCACUGCAGACCAGUUUCUGAUUUCAAAUGGAUGUGUGAGAUGGAUGAGAAGAAGGGCCUGGAUCUCGGCAGCACCUACAGAAAUGAAAAGAGCUGUAAGGAGUUUUUGGUUGCUAUAGCCGAAAUCACCCGUCUAGCAAUUGAAGACAAGGUUAAGAGUGCUAAGUUUAUCACAAUAAUGUCCGACGGAUCAACAGAUGUCUCUGCCACUGAACAAGAGAUUGUUUACUUGCACUUUGCAGUGGAUGGCAAGACUCACUGCAAUUUCCUUGGACUUGUACAGUGUGACAAACCAGAUGCCAAUGGCAUCUAUGAUGCUAUAAUGCAAGCUGUAAAGCUCCCGGGGAUCCCAAAGGAAGAAAUGAUGAAGAAGAUUGUGGGAUUUGCUGGCGAUGGGGCGGCUGUCAACACCGGGAAAAAGGCUGGGGUGAUCGCUCUCAUGCGGGAAAGAAUCAGUGGAGACAUACUGAUGGUGCAGUGCAUGGCCCAUAGGGUGGAAUUGGCCUUCAAAGAAGCCAUGAAACAAGCCUCUUUGUUCAUCAAAGUCUAUGUCCUCCUGGAUGCUCUGUACAAGCUUUACAGGAUCCCUAAACAGGCCGCUGGUUUGAAGGCAGCUUUCAGUACCACCAACAUCUCCAAGAUCUGGCCUGUCCGAGUUGGAGGAACGCGCUGGGUUAGCCAUACCCACACAGCACUGCAAAACAUGUUGCGUGGUUACCGUGCAAUUGUUCUUCAUCUCAGUCAAGACAUUUGAUAAUAAUAACAUGUUAUUAACAGCCCGAUGAAUUUUCUGUUGCAUGAAUGAUAUCAUCUGAUAUCCACUGUGGCAACAUAUUGAAAUACAUUUUUGUAAAUUGAAAUUAAAAAAAAUAUUAAAUGAAUUGCAGGUUGCCACCACCAGGACAGCUAGUGGUAUGCAAGCAAAGGCAAAAGGUCUCCUGAAAACGCUGCGCUCCAAAGAUGCCAUGACUUUUGCCCACUUCCUAAGUGACAUUCUGGCCGUUCUCUCCAAACUGUCGAAGACGCUGCAGCAGAGAGAAGUUUGUACCUAUCAUGUACAUGAAGCACUGAAGGCCACAAUGACCAGCAUCAACAAAUUCAAGGACCGGGCAGGACCUGAGCAGCGGAAACUCCAGCAGGGAGACUGUAACUCCUUUGAAGGUCAGACCCUAACAGGGGUAGACCACUCUUCAGGCCAGAUUGAGAAGGUCGUUGAGGCAUUGGUUGGUUCACUAGCCCGGAGAUUCAGUGACAUGGGAGGUGAAGUCCUCAAAGCUACAAAAAUAGCGGACAUGCAGUCAUGGCCUCAGGAGCAUGAAGAUGAUUUUGGGGAUGACUUCAUAGGAGUGAUUAUCGACCACUACAGGGAGCACUUCGACAAUGUUGGAGUAGAUGUAAGUGCAAUCGAAGCAGAGUGGACCUCCCUCAAACAAGCAUUGUACGAAAACCAGGGGAACAAGAUUCACUCCAUGUCCUGGCCAUCUGUGUUUGAGCUUUACAAGAGCACGUUUCCAAAUAUCCUGCAUGUAAUUGAUCUGGUCUUAUCACUCCCUGCCGCCACCUCUGAGUGUGAGAGAGGAUUCUCUCAAAUGAAGAUUACCAAGUCCCAGUACAGGAAUAGACUGAAGGCUACCACCAUGACAAUGCUCAUGACAAUUCAGCUGCACUCAGAACCUACAAAGGAUUUUGAUCCAUCAUCUGCCAUUCACCAGUGGAAUCAAAACCACAAUCGCAGACCCAACUUCAUGGAGGGAAGAAAGAAAGGCAGAAUGGCAGCUUUGGAGGGAGCCAAACAAGUGCAGGAAGAGAUUGAUGGAGUUGACGGAGUGGAUGGUGCUCAAAUGGUUGCUGAAGCUGCUGGGGGUGCAGUAGUUGAAGCUGAAACCAAGGAGAUAAACUCUGAUGACUCAGACUGGUUUACAGACAUGGAGGAUAAUGUAGAUUCUGACGAUGGUGAGAUGGAAGAUAGAGGUCUUGUUGGUGAGGAUGAGGAAUGAUUGUGGUAGUCUGUUGUAGACCAAUUACUACUGCUAUUACAGCAAGUAUUACGGUUUGUAUUACCAUUUUGCCUAAAUGAACUGAUGUUGAUCGUUUGAUCCACUGCUAAUAUUGUUCAUGUCCCUUGUUCUCAGUCUGUUGUUCUACUUUAAUAAAUUAUUGUUUGUAA